AUGUCUCUCAUCAAGUUUUACCGCGCCGACUACUCCACGGCCGGCAUCACCGACGCCGUGCUGCAGGAGCUCGAAGCGGCCGUCGGGCGGCCUCUGGCGACGCGCAUCGACGUUGCGCUGCGCAGCGGCACGCGGGCGCCCGAGUUCCUGGCCGUCAACCCCAACGGCUUCGUGCCGGCGCUCGUGCUCCCCGACGACCCGGCGCAGCCGCUGUGGGAAUCGGCCGCCAUCACCAUGUACCUGGGGGAGGCGUACGGCGUCGACGCCGGGCUGUACCCGGCAUCGGCGGGUGCUGCGCGCGCGCACGCCGUCAAGUGGAUCGUCUGGUCCAACGUCAACCUCCCGCUGCAGGCGCGCCAGGUGAGCCGCGUGGUGCACUGUCAGCAGGAGGAGCAGGACGAGGGCGUGCGCGCGCUGCGCGAAAAGGACGCCGAGGUCGCGAGGGAGGAGCUGCGGAAGCUGCUUGGGGUGCUGGAUGGCGGGCUGCAGGACAGGCCGUAUCUGCUCGGCGAGACGUACUCGCUGGCUGAUACGCAUAUUUGGGCGUUUAUGACGUACAUCAAGAUGCUCAAGGUGGAUAUGGAGGGCUUGACCAACUUGACGGCCUGGAUUGAGAGGGUUGGCGCGCGCGAGCAGCUCAAGGGUCUGUGA